UCUCCCGGGCGGUGCCCGGUGAGGCGCAGCCGCCGCGGGCUGUGGCGAGGGGCAGCUCCGCUCCAGCCGCGCAGGGCCGGCCGGAGCCCGGCCCCUUUUCCCGGGGCCAGCUGCGUUCUGGAGCCGAGGGCCGGGAUGAAGCAGGCGCUGGUGGACGACACCGAGGAUGUGUCCCUGGAUUUCGGGAGCGAGGAGGAGCUGGCGCUGCGGAAAGCGCGGAUCAGGCACCCACUGGCCACCUUUUUCCACCUGUUUUUCCGAGUGAGUGCUAUUGUUACCUACUUGUUCUGUGACUGGUUCAGCAACAGCUUUGUUGCCUGUUUUGUCACUAUUCUCCUCCUUCUAUCCUUUGACUUUUGGUCUGUCAAGAAUGUGACAGGAAGACUCUUGGUUGGUUUGCGUUGGUGGAACCAGAUUGAUGAAGAUGGAAAAAGUCACUGGGUGUUUGAAGCAAAAAGGGUGCCUACAAUAGCUGCCUCAACUGAAGUUGAAGCCCAAAUCUUCUGGCUCGGUCUCAUCAUCUGCCCAGUGAUUUGGACAAUGUUUUUCUUUAGCAUCUUGUUCUCCUUGAAGCUGAAAUGGCUGGCUCUCGUGAUUGCUGGGAUCUCCCUCCAGACUGCUAAUUUAUAUGGCUACAUCCACUGCAAGUUAGGGGGACAAAAAACCAUCAGCAGAGUAACCUCAAGGUUGUUUGGCACCACAGAUGUUCCCAAGAGUACUGAGCUUCAGCCCAUGGGGUAGAACAGCCAACCUGCCUCUCAGGGCUAGUGCUGCCUUUUCCUGGGUCCCAGUUCCUGCAGUGAGUCCAGGAUAAUUCUGAUUCUCCACCAAGCCUCUCUGGCAGUGUCACAUGGAAGAGCCAUUACCCCAGGUCACUUUCCUCCAUGUUUGGAAGCCUGCUGAGCUCCACAACUGAGCUGCUUCCAAGCUCCAAAAGAAUGUUCUUAAGUUAAAUCCUUGGAGUUGCUAUAAUUCUAAUUCCUCUGUUUAAGCAGAGCUGGAAGAGCCAUCUUCAACCUUCAGGCUUCCAGCUGGCAGCUCCCUGCUUUUGUAAGAGAUCCCUGUGUCCUGGGUUAUGCUUACAGCCAUGUGUGCUCUGUUCCCUCAACAGGACACAGCAGGACAAUUUCAGAAGAUGGCCCUGAAGAACAUGGGAAGACAGGCACUAGGUAACCAAAUAA